CUUCCUGUCAGUGACGGUCGACGCUAAGGCGCUGUGUUCCUCCAUCCUGGUAUUUAGCUUCUCCAUCCUGGUCUCUCCGAAGUGCCCGGACCCAAAACAGGAAGUUGAUUAUGAACACAAUUGAAGAGGAUUCUGGCACUGUUACUUUGGAAGCUGUUAACUCUGUUACAUUAACUCAGGACUCCGACGGAACCAUUAUUCUUCAUUGUCCACAAGCUGAUGGCAUAGAUCAGGGAUCAGAUGAAAGUUUAGAGCCUUCACCUAAGAGAUUGUGUUUAUCAACUGAAGAGGAUGGGUCUACGGCAAGGAUUUCUGUCGUUACAGUGCCUAUUUCAGAAAAUGAUGAUAGUUUUGAGGUGACUAUGACUGCGACUACUGAGAUGACCGAAAAUGAACUAAGUGAAGGUAGUGUGGCACAGAUACAGAUACUGCAAAGUGAUGGAUCAGUACCUUCUCAAAACAGAGAUGAUGUGUCUCCAGUAAGUCAAGCUUGGUUCACUACCAAAGAAGAUAAAGACACUCUAGCAAGCAAAGGUCAUAAGUGGAAGCAAGGAAUGUGGUCUAAAGAAGAAAUAGAUAUCCUUAUGAGCAAUAUUGAUCGUUAUUUAAAAAAACGUGGGAUUCAAGACCCAACAGAAAUUAUUUUUGAAAUGUCCAAGGAUGAACGAAAGGAUUUCUAUCGAAGUAUUGCAUGGGGGCUCAACAGGCCACUGUUUGCUGUUUAUAGAAGAGUGCUCCGUAUGUAUGAUAACAGGAACCAUGUUGGAAAGUAUACGCCAGAGGAAAUUGAUAAGCUUAAAGAACUAAGAGAGAAGCAUGGAAAUGAUUGGGCUACCAUUGGAGCAGCACUGGGAAGAAGUGCCUCUUCUGUAAAGGAUCGUUGUAGACUAAUGAAAGAUACCUGCAAUACAGGGAAGUGGACAGAGGAAGAAGAACGGAAGCUGGCAGAGGUUGUGCAUGAGCUGACAGGCACUGAGCCAGGUCAUACUGUCACUCAGGGUGUUUCUUGGGCUGCAGUAGCAGAGAUGGUAGGGACCCGCUCUGAGAAACAAUGUAGGUCAAAGUGGCUUAACUACCUCAACUGGAAACAGAGUGGUGGAACAGAGUGGACUAAAGAAGAUGACAUCAAUCUUAUUAAAAGGAUUGCAGAACUAGGGGUGGGUGACGAGAAUGACAUCAAUUGGGAUAUUAUGGCUGGAGGUUGGAGCAGUGUUCGUUCUCCUCAGUGGCUACGAAGUAAAUGGUGGACCAUCAAAAGACAAGUUUCAAACCAUAAGGACCUUCCUUUUCCCGUGCUCCUUAAAGGUCUUCAAGAUGUAGCUGAAAACCAACAGCCUGAUAUCAAAUUUGGUCUGUGCCCAAGAACAGGUGGAACUUCUCCUCCAGCAGUUCAACAAGUUCAGAUAAGAGUGGCUCGUCUGGAAGAAAGCAACAGUGUUUCUCCAAGUUCCAUGACAGCUCUUCAAAUUCCUGUACAAAUUCCUGUCCAAAUCACACAUGUCUCUUCGUCAGAUUCAAAUCCAGGUGGUAAUGAUGCAGAAACAAUAACAUUAAAUUCUGGAACCUUACAGGCAUUUGAAAUCCUUCCCUCAUUUCACCUGCAACCUACUGGAACACCUGGCACUUAUUUUAUUCAAACUGGUUCAAAUCAAGCGUUGCCCCUUACACUUUCAGGCAGUUCAACAGUUACACUUACUGCAGCUGCAUCACCUUCCUCUCCUGAACAAAUCAUUGUACAUGCUCUCUCGCCUGAUCACUUGCUUACCUCAAGUGAAAAUGUUACUGUCCAGAUGCCUCAUCCAAGUGUGAUUAUUCGAGCAGUUUCUUCAGAUGAUAUAACAUCCACUGUAAACCAGUCUGAACUAGCAGUUGAAGAUACUGACUUGAAUGAACCUCAGGAAACACUUCAAGUGGAUUCUUUUAGCACUGAUAUUCAUCAGGAGAAAACCAAUGAAAUCAAGGAAGGCCUUAAUGCUGCAAUUGGAAUUGAAGAGCUUGGCAGCAGUAGAUCAAACUAUAUUAACAAUAACAUUUCAGAAAGCAGUAAUGUUGCAGAAAGCAGGGGCUUGGACCAGGAAGAAGACCAGACUGAAACUUACACAGCUGAGACAUUGAGGUCAUCGGCCAUGGAAGAGUCAGAUGGAGAUCCCAGAGUUGGGGAAGGAACCGUACUAAUUGUCUCAUCACCCAGUGGAUAUAUACAGACAACAGAUGAUCUUGAUCAUGAUGCUGUUUUACCUCUGACAACACUAACAGAUCCCAUAUUAGAACAUCAGGGAGAUGGUUCAGACAUUAUUAGUUCAUCGCUGGACAGCCCUGAUCCAGAAGAUACAAAAGAUAUUGAACACUUAGUUGACUGCCAUUGACUUUGGUCUUGUUCUCUCUACACUUGUUAAGUCUAUGUGAUAUGAUUUCUUUGUGACCAAUUUAGCAACAGUAUUAAAGGUUGGGGUUAAUCACUGUUUACACUAAGUCAUACUGUACAGCAAGCACAUGCUUAAUUCUUUGUCAUUUCGCCACAUAUGUUUCUGACAAAUGAAUAAUUCCAAAAUUUUCUAAUUAUAGGUUAUACUACUGUAAGCCAGACAUUAGUUAAUAAAAUACCAACUGAGGACAAGACAUGCACAUUUAUUUUAUUUUUUUUUUUAAAAGUACACAGGUAAAUUUGUUUACAUAUAUAAUAUAAAUCCAAAGAUUGUCUAAUGAGACUAUUUUUUCUUAAUGUUGUUACACAAUCUUUAGAGAAUUCAUGUACACACUAAGCAAAGAUGUGAAGAUAUAUGCUCAUUUACGUUUUUAUUUAUUUAAAAAAUUCAUGUUUAUAUUGCUUUAAUAUUUCUACCUAACAAGCACAUCGUUGCCCUGAUUACGUUUUUUUCAGUCAAUUCUCUUAUUAUUUUAUGAAAGGAAUAGACACUAUUUCUCACAGUGCUACAUCAGUAGUGCCUAUGAUGUAUCCAAUAAUAUAGACCUUUGGAGCUGCUGUAAAACUAUCCACAAGUGGGGGAGGAUAAAGGAUGUGAUCUGACAUUUUUAAACAGCCACACAUUAAGCAUUUCUUAUAAAACCUAUGAUACUGAGUGCUGGGAUCAUGUUAUGUUCUGCUUUCAUUAAUGUAAAUAUUUUUACUAGAACAGAAUGAGUAUGCACAAUAAAGCAAUAGCCAGGCAGUUCUGUCCAUUGAAGGUCCUUAUUACUUAAGCACUGUGACAUGUACUUAAACAUAAUUUAGAGAUUUUAGGUGAAUUUACAAGUGCUCUAAAUUGUUUCAGAAUACUAAAAGUCUUGUUUUUUUUUAAUUUAAAAGUUCCAAAGUUGUUUACAUUGACAUGAUUAACUUCCUGCACUCAUUUAAGUAAUAGAUGUUUUUAUUUAUUGUAUUUUUUUUUGGUUGCAACUGACAAAAUUAGUGCCUGUUUAGUAUAUGGUAAUGACUGUCAGUUCACUUCAGAGAAAAUUAAUAAUAUUCAUGUGCUAGAAUUAAAUUUUGCAGUAUUGUUUUACUGAACCUUUUUUUUUUUUUUCUCCUUUCGUACUUUUUUUUUGAGUAAAAAAAUACUUUACACUUAAUGAAGCAUGAGUAAGUUAAACCAAUUACUUUUUAAAGCUUCUCAUCAUGAUUUCUUUUUACAAAAACUGAGGGAGUGAUAGCCAAAAGGGGAAUUUAUGCAUUAGCAACUGCAUGAUUCUUUGUAAUAGUCCUCCAUUAUAGAAUCAUCGCUAGCUACAAUUUGGGGGAGAAUGCAGUCAAUACAAUAUCACAGUGUGUUCAUAAAUUCUAAUAUAAUCAUCUUCACCGGUCAAUCCUGCACAAAUCAUUUAUUACACGUUUGCUGUCAGUUGAAAGAACAUGCCGAUUGUGCUGUGCUGUAUAUCAAAUAGUUAUUUAAAAUCAUGUUCUUCAUGAAGUAUGCUUUACAGUACAGGAUGUACUUAUUACAUGACAAUCCAACUAGAGCAAAUUGUGUUUCUCCACCCAGUGGUGAAAUUUUAACAACCUAAAUUGCAGACAUUAUGUCAAAAACCAUCAAAUAAGGUUACAAAAUAGUGUACUUUAAAGUUGUAGCAAGUAACUAAUGCUGCAGACAGACAUUUAUUGUUUAUUUUAUUUAACUGCUUUGUUAAAAAUUUUCUGAUGGUAACUUUUUGGAAAGUUGCUAUUAUGAAAGUGAUUGAUAAAUAAAGCAAAGAGUCUAUCCAUGGUAUUUACCUACUGCAUGUAUGAAUCAGUUAGGGAGAUCACAAUGAAUCUUGCCGUUAAGAAGAGUGUGUUGUUACACCAUAACCUUAAAAUUUAUUAUUUCAGAAAUAAUCAAUAGGAAAUGCUCUUUUAACUAUCCCAGACAUGAAAAACCCCUAGUAUGUGUGUGUAUGUAUGUUUGUAUGUAUUAUAAUAUAUAUUUUAAUACCUACAUACAUACAGGGGUGAGUAAAAGCAGGUUUUCAGUAGUGGGUACGUGAGGUUGACAAUUUGAGCACUUACGAGAUUAUAGCUAAGUGUAAUGUGUCAUUACGACAUUCUUUUGACUUAAUAAAGCUAUUGAGUUAAUAAAGCUGUUACAUAAUAAUCAUAAUCUGCAUGUCUUUUUCCAUAUGAACAACAGUAAACCUACUUUUGCACACCCCUGUAUACAUACAUAUAUCGACUCAAGUAUGCCAAUAUAAGUGGAGAGUAAUUUUACUGUUUCAGCUUAAUUACUAUAAUUGCCAUUUUCAUGGGGAACAACUAAAAAGAGAGCAUUUGCAAAUUGAAUUAUUUACUUAGUUGUCUAACGCCGAGCGGCACAGUGGUAAUGCUGCUGCCUUGCACUAAGGAGUUCUGGGUUCACAUCCCAGGUCCGGAGUUUGCGUGUUCUCCUCAUGUUUCCUCCAGGUGCUUUGGUUCCUUCCACAGUCCAAAGACAUGCACGUUAAGUGAAUUAGUGGCGCUAAAUUGGCCCUGGUGUGAGUUUGGUCACUCUGUGAAGGAUUAUGUCUGCUGGGAUUGCCCACCCUUUUAGGAUUAAGCAAGCUUAGAAAAUGGUAUGGUAUGUCUACCAUCUUAGCCAUCACAGUCUAUUUAUUGCAAGGGUGGAACAUCCUGGUUCUUUAGACUGACUGUGACUCUAAACUAAUUUAAAUUUAAUUAGAAACCAUGAAUUUUUUUGUUUAUUGCAUAUCACAUUUAGAUAACUGAUUCGUGUCUGUGCUGUCAUUCUGUUCUUUUUUUCAAAAUAUUCUAUUAAAAGAAGUUACUUAUUAAUGUGCAAUCAAGGUGAAAAUGAGACCCAUUAAUUUCAUAAGCAACUGAAUUAAAAUCAAGCAGAGGUUAAUAAAAUGGAGUCCUUUUGUACUGAAAAGUAACAGCAGCAUUACACAUCUUGCUGACUUUCAAAGAGAAGUAAAAGUCACAUUGUUAUUAAUUUCUGAGCCAGUAGAUGGAGAAGUAGAGCAAGACAUUUUAUUAAAGAGCUAAAAUAGUAAGAACUGAUUGGUACAAAAGCCUCCUGUAUCAGCUACAGUUAACUAAGAUUGUCCAGUCACGCUCAACCCUGCUCUGUUGUAAAUUUGCAGCUUAUCUCACUCUACUGUAGUUGUAAUUUGUAGUUUUUAAGAAACAUACAUACAUACAGAUGGUUGUAUAUAUUUUUAAAUUAGCUUGUAUUCACUUUGUUCAGCAUUCCUGUGACAUUUUCUCUAUAGGUAGAGUCACCAAAAUCCUUGUCUCCAGGCUGGGUGAAGAAUUAGUUUCAGUUACUUUAACUAGGACAAGUAUUCCAUAUAUGAUGAUCAACAUAAUUGAAAACUUAACAAAUAUAUAUUAUUUUAUUGUAAUAUCUUUUCUACCAGAUAGCAUCCACUUUGAUCUUGCUAUUAUGUGAAGGUAUUUGGGAAAUGGGCUUUAUACUUUGUAGUAAUCUCUCUUUGUACUUGAAUACUAAGUGUAAUGCAUUGUGUUUUUACAUGUGAGAUAGAUAGAUACAGCUUGUUUAUAUACUAACAAAUAACAUUCAGAUCACAGUCUUUGGCAGCAAAAAAGCAGGGUCGUCACGCAUAUUUUUAUAGGAGUUUGUCAGAAAAUAUUUACUUUUUCCUCAUUUGUCAAUUUUUUUUUUUUUUUUUUUUUUACUUGAAGACAUUCGUGUCAGUUAAAUGGCAUUAUAUGAGUUAUCAGUGAAUGACACACUGGUUAGCACUAUUAUCUCUUAGCUCCAAAAUCCUCUCUUCAAUAACUAACUGAUUUGUUUUUUGUUUCCCCCACUUUGUCUGUGUAAGAUUUCUCUGCAUUUCUUAGUUUCCUCCCCUUCAAAAAAUCACUGGUUAACUAGCAACUUUACAACUGACCAGGACGUAGAGGCCAUGUAGUAGCCUCCUGUCUAAUGUUAGUUUGUGCUGGAUGAGGUGCCAGUUCUCCCACUACCACAACCCUGAACUGGAAUAACUGAUGGAAAGUGAUUGGUUUUACUCAGGCAAAUAGCUCCUUGCUUUUUGUAGCAUGUUACUCUGCUACAGGAUGGCACCACAUAGUGGCAUCAUUCAGUGGAAACUGUGUGUUAAAAGUGUCGAGUGUAAACCCAUAUUUAGGAUGUCACUUUUCAUUUAAGCAGCUGUGUGUUAGACCGUUGCCGUAAGACAUCUGUAUUGUUGUACUGCUCUCCCUGGAUUGUCCAUUUUUUCACUUCCAAAAUUUCUCUCUGCAUUUCAAGCAAUGAACAGGCCAUCAUGUCACAUUUUCUUCUUGUAAAUUGGCCAGAUGUUUAAGUAAUAGUAAGAAAAGGAGAAACACAGAAGAACUAUAUACAGUAUAACUAGUGACGUUUGUAUGGAAAACAAAUGGCAAUCUGAGUUCACUGUCUUUUUCAGUUCAUUACAUCUGAAAGAACAUGAAAUGUUUAUUUGAACAAAUCACAUUUACUCUCUUAAAAAAAAAAAAAGAUAAACAUGCACCCGAAGAUCAUUUUAGUUUCACAUGAGAAGUGUAAACGCUUAAAAACUAAAAGCAUACCUGAUCGAUUGAUUCAAGAAAUGCUAUUUCUCUCCCACCACCACCUGCAGAGACACCAUUUGUAUUGUAAUGCAAUAAAUUCAGUAAUGUAGGAUAAUACAGAUAUGGUGCCAAUACCUGUCCCUUGUGGCCGAUAAAAAUGUGAGUCACUUUUUAUUAUGCUGAUUUGGCCCCCAGUGCUACUUACUCCUAAAGGUCACUCUUUCAUAUCGACAAAAUACGAGUGUGAGAGGGCUAGUACCGAGCCCGAGCCAUUGUAUGUUGGAGAAGAGUCUGAUUUUUUUUAUUUUUUUUUAUUAAGUGUUGGUCUUCUACUAUCUAACACACAAUAACUGCUUCAUUUUGUAAGCAUUAGAUUUUUUGAACUGAACGUUUAAUAACAAAUUACAAAAAUCAAAUGAAGAUAGCAGGUGGGAAAAAUGCUGAAGUAUGUUUCAAAGAGAGAGGUCUUAAAUAUACUUGUUAUUAUUUGUCUCUAAUGGAACGGAAACUCCUAAACAUACUUUUGUUUUUCUUGAUGUAUUAUCAAUAUUAGUUUGAGAAAUGAAACGCAUUUUAAAAGCACAGGAUGUUAAUUGUUUGUUGACCCAGAUGUAUUUUAAAUGAAAUGAGUGCUCUCAGGAGUUUUGUACAGAGAUUAAUGUUGUUUUAAUUAUAUUUUCUUUCCACCUUUGUUCUUUUUUUAAUGCUAGAUACUACAAUUGAAAGUAACUGUAUGAAAAUGCUGAUUCUUGUGUUACAUAUGAACAUAUUUAAUACAUUUUCAGGGUAUCAGAUCUUGCACUCAUCCUGUACCUUUUUUUACAGGAAUUUGUUUUUUUUCCAGCUGCUUCCAAAAUGUAUAUUUACAGCCUAAACAUGUAUUUAAUUUAUAUAGUAAAAUGUUUUAGGUCUACAUUGUGUUUUAUUUAUUUAUCAAGUAAAACUUUGCAUACAUUUUUGUUGAUGUUUUUAAUACUUAAUAAACACUUUUUUUUGUA